UGUACACUCGGCUGAAAUUCCCCUCCAUAGGGGCCAACUCCUGCACAGCCCAGAAUCCCUUCUUCUGCUACUAUGACCCUGAUGUCGGGCACCUCAUCUCCACGAAGCCCUCUGUCGGCCUGACCACCUCUCCAAAGCCAGCUGUGGUCCAGAUUGGUGGUCAGACCUUCACGCGAUUUGACCAAGUGAUGACAUGGUCCUCGGCCCUGCUGUACUGCCGCAGCCACCACACGGACCUGGCCGACCUGCAGACGGUGACAGACAAGACAGGCAAGGAGGCCUUGAGAUCCAUCAUGAGUGAGACUGAAGCCUGGAUUGGCCUCUACCUCAAUGCGAACUCUGGAUCUCUGAGCUGGUCUAGUGACCUGGGGGCCAGCAUCCCCUCCUGGCUGCAGGUGCCGAUGAUGGUGAGAGGACUGUGCGCAGCUCUCGGCAUCUAUAUGACCUACUCCCCAAAAGUGUACUCAGUGAACUGCUCUUCCCCGCUGCCCUUCAUCUGCUUCUAUGGUGAGUGAGAGUCUGCUCUUGCUGGCCCUCGGCCCACUGAGGAUAGAACGAGGUGGGAAAUGGGUUUAUUUGGCAGCAGGUGAUAUUGAGGAUAGUCCCAAGGAAGCACUUCUAGACUCUGAGGGAAACUGAGUUCUGGAGCAGGCUUCUGAGAUCCUUGCAUUAUAAACUUGUGAGGAAGUUGUAUUAUUUUAAUUCUGGGGAUCUUUAAAUAAUGGAACAGGCUCCAUCCAGCCUGAGGGCACUGGCAUUUAGCAAGAGCAAUUCAUUAUUGGACAAUGAAGUUAAAAGUCUGAGCUUUGGAAUUAGACAGUUUACCACUUGCUAGAAAUAAGGUGGGCAGCAUCUUGGAGCUUCCUUCUCCUUAUCUGGGAAAUAUAUUGAACAAAAUGAAUUGAUGGCACCCACCUUAUAGGAUGGCUUUGAGGGCUGAGUGAGAAAGUGAAUGUAAGGCGUAGAGUAGAAACCCUGGCACAGAGUGGGCCCCUGGUGGAUGGGAGCCACUGUCAUUGUUCUGUCCCUGUGAAUGCAUGGGAGCCCAAGCCUGCCUGGCACCCGCAUUCUGUGUGAUGGGCGUCCUUCUGCCUUGCUCUUUCCUUUGCUCCUUCCCCCUUCCCCCACCUCUCUUUUUUGUAAGUUUUAUUGAGCUAUAGUUCCCAUCUUAAAAUUUACUU